AUGAUGUCACCAAUUACCACGGCUGAUGAAAGGAUCAAAAAAGCAAUUAAGCCUUGCAUUGAACUCAUGAUAAUCAGAGGCAACGAAAGCCCCAGUGAUAAUGAUGCCGUAUCUAUUGAACGCUCAGUCGUUGAAGAAAAGGAUGAGAUCAAUGUUCAUGCGAGCGGUGACCAGGGCUUAGAAGAUUCAGGCUGCCUCAACGGCAAUUCUAGUUGCCUAAACAUACUCCAUUCGCGCAUCACAAUCCAGGACGGCGCGGAAGCUCUAGGCGAAGCGAAUACAGCCGAUGUGACAGCAAACCAAGCUGAACAAGAGGCAAAAAGGCGCAAUACAAGCCCCAACCAACCUUCACCUCCGAAUCUCCACCCGAAUGAUGGCAGGACAUUGAGUAUCAAAGAAGAAUAUCUCCAGACUCUCCAGGACGGACGAACAACGAUGCCCCUUGAACUUGAGGAGCUAAAAGCAAAAGAAGAAACUGCUGAAGAAAAAGCCCAAAAAGAAAAGAUGAGCGCAAAACCAAAUCAAUUGCUACACUUAUUUCAGAGCCCAACUUCGGCAGAGUUUAUUUUAUUUUGCUCAAAUCUCCCAAAAGUACUACAGCCUCAGAGCUCAGCUUCGAAAAAGGCUAUUGCAUUGGCUUCAGAAAUUGUAAUACAAAAUGGAAAGCGCAAGAUGGAAGAGCAGCGUCUGAUCGAUACGAAUAGGAAAAAGGCAAAACUUUUGGCGCAGUUCAACGCAAAAUCCAACCAAUACCUUGUUGAACUCACGAAAAAUGUUCAGCGCCACGAAGCUGCUUCAGAACAAACACCGCAAUAG